AUCCGCAGUUUAGUAGAACAAGGCUCACGAGCCGAGGCGCGAUCUAUAAGGUUAACCUUAGAGGACCUUGCAAGAGAUGUACGCGUCGGUCUUGAGGGCGAGAGACGGCACCAAGCUGAGAUGAUAAAUCACGCUGAGAGAAUAAGAGGAGAUCAGCAGCGAAAUUCGAAGAAUUGGAGCUUCGAGAAACGGCAACAGCUUGCCGACAGUAUCGUGGAUUUACUCGAGGACAGAGCCCUGGGCUGGCUAGAGAAUGCACGCGGCAUGCACAAUCUAUCACGACAACCACAUCUCAAACCAGCUGUGGCAUUUUCACUUCUGACUAUUCCUUGUUUAGUCACAUACACAUCUGAAGAAGUAGCUUUGAACUCACGGUUUCUAGAGGACUGCUUCAACAGAGACAGAGUUCGCUUACCUGCCGAUUCGUUCAGUCCUGUCAUGGCCAGCCCAGAGAUUCUCAAGAACAUCAGUGAAUGGGCGAAAGCGCCCGCACCCAACUUACUAUGGCUCAAUGGCGAGCCUGUGCAAUGCGACGACUUCGACAAUCCGAUUACAAUGGUAGCUGCCAAAGUCAUUUUUCUGGCCGAGCAAUCGCAGACCCCCAUAAUAUCGCACUUUUGUGAACUUCGGCGGGGCCAGAAACUACGUUUUGGGAAUAACAGCAAAGAAGAACAAUCGUUGGUCGGUCUGGUCUACUCGAUUAUCAGGCAGUUGGUAGAGCUUUUACCGCCUAUGUUCGAAGCGUCCUCAGAUUUCUCGGCUGAAAAGUUCAAUUCCCUUGAUGGAACCAUCCAAUGUUGGCGCACAGCCCUUUCUGUAUUGACCAACCUUGCAAAUUCAAUGCCUGGUCCUGUCUUUUGCAUCAUAGAUGGGCUUCAUUGGUUGAACGAUACAAGUACAGACAACUGUCUCCCUGAGUUUAUCCGCGUCUUGCGAGGAGUUAGAUUGAAGGUGGUGCUCUCAACCACCAGAAGGUCAGUAGUUUUACGGAAUGAAAUACCAAGGUCGGAAACACUCUACAUA